AUGGGUUUCUUCGACGAUUCAUUGUCCGUCAUCUCGGGCACAAAAUCUCAUCGCCGCCACUCCUCGCGCUCCCACCACAAGAAGAAGCGCUCCAGGUCGCGCUCCCGAUCCAGCUCCCGUGGCAGAGGCAAAGGCAGCGGCCUCGGCUCCAUCUUCGGAGGCGACAACUACAAGAACUUCUCCUCAUCGAAGGCCUCCUUUUUCAAUCUCGGCGAUGACCGCAAUGGCAGCCGCUCAAGCUUCUUCAACUUUGGAGGCAAACCCUCCUACUACAAGCGCUCCUCCCGCCAGGGCUUCCUCCAGCGCUCCUACAAGCAGCUCAAGCGCCUCCUGCGCGACCUCGCCCACUGGGCCAAGCGCCACCCCUGGAAGGUCUUCUUCCUCGUCAUCAUGCCCCUCAUCAGCGGCGGUAUCCUGACCGCGCUCCUCGCCCGCUUCGGCCUGCGCCUGCCCGGGUCUCUCGAGCGCCUCAUGGGCGUCGCCUCCAAGGCCGUCACCGGCGACACUGCCGGCCUGGUCGGCGAAGCUGUCCGCAUGGCCAGCGGCGGUGGUGCUGCCGCCGCCCCUGCCUCGGUCCGUGUCAACGCCAGCGGCUACGACGACGGCAUGGCCUGGGAGCGGAGCUACCGCAGCGAGGGGGAGACCAACUGGGGCGAGGCUGUCACGAAAGGGAUCAGCAAGAUGUUCCUCUGA